UCUGUUCGUUCAUCGCAUAGGAGUAAUUUGACUGCGCUUUUUUGUGUGUAGAACCUGCGGAGAAGUUUCAUAGUACGGGCCGAUCAAAAGUUUCACUUUGCUACAAUCAUGUCGCUGGUUUCGCAUAUCUUGCGCCGCUCCAUCACGCAAUCAAUCGCCCGCAACGCCCAGGUCGGAGGACCAUCGGCCGUGUCUGGCCAUGAAGCCGGUGGCUAUAAGAUCUGGAAGAAGCUGUCCUUCCUGGUGGCCAUGCCAGCCGUCGGUCUGUGCAUGCUGAAUGCCUAUCUGAAGCACCAGGAGGAACACCACCACCCGAGACCGGAGUUCGUCAAGUACGAACACCUGCGCAUCCGCAACAAGCGCUUCCCGUGGGGUGACGGCACCAAGAGCCUGUUCCAUAACCCGCACGCCAACCCGCUGCCGGACGGCUACGAGCAUUAGAAGGGUGCCACCGGGACAGCUGCCUGAAUCCGCACGAAAUCCAUUCCGGAAUUGGUUCCAGGCUGGCUCUCGCGCCGCUUUGUUUCCAACCGGCAAAUAGUGUUGUUUAAAUAAAUUCUGCGAUCAACUGCGAAA